AUGACAGGGUCUGCUCUCAAAAAUGUUCUUAUUUCUUUUUUCGUUGGCCUGACAUUUCUCAUCAUUGCGGUUGCAACGAUUGCUGUCGCCAUUGUCCUCGAUCUCCGUUUCUCAGUGUAAGUGCUUGUGCGAUUUUUAGCAUGUUUCUUCAGAGAUUGCGUGGCUUUGGCCUUCUUGGUAGUUCAGAUGCCGCUUCUGGUUUACAUCAUUGUCUACACGAGGCAAAUGAACGAACGUCUGGCACAGUUGUCUGGGCAGCUGAAUUCGUCUGAACGAAGCGCCGAGCCUGAUCAAGAUCCAGCUGAUGAAUCAAACGGCAAAUUAAAACCAAACAAGAAGGAGAGCAAGAAAGGAAAAGGUGAGAAAGGUAAGUUAACGAUGACUGCCUUAAGAUUCGGCGUACUUUUAGACAAGAAGAUCUCUAAACCCGCUCCCAAGCAUCAAAAACCCAAAGCCGGUGCAAAUGGAACAAAGCGACGUGCAAAGGCUCCACCACCUCGCCCAGCAAUCGGGAAACCGGUGGACAUGACAGGAGAGACCAAAGACUCGAGCAAAAAAAGGGCUAAUGAACGUGAAAAUAACGCUGGUAAGCUAGUAUUGCCGUGUGAGAAACUCUUACAGACCAGCAGGAACAGCUUGACUCUCAGACUAAAAAUCCGCCCAAAGAGAAGGCCGGGGUACCUCCACCAAGUUCAAGUCAACAGACCGUUCUACGUACACCAAAGGCGAUUGGGGUUCCAGAAGGAGUUUCUGCCACAGACCACAAUUAA